GAUAUUUAAAUAUACAAUUUUUAAUGGAUAAUGGCAUUGUUUUAUGUGAAAUUGCCGAUGAAAUCCCUGAUUUGGAGGGUAAAGAGCAUCCUUCACAGUUUAAUUACCUCAAGCGGCGAUGGCAGAUCAAGGACUUUCUGGACGAGCACGCCGACGUUAUUGUGAUGGCCGUGCAAAGAUGUCAGGAAGCGCGCACCAGGAAGCUAAGCUUCAAGGCCAUCCAGCAAGACACCGGGCAGUGGAUUUUGGUGCUUCGCCACGAGCAGACGCACUUCCGAAUCCGUCUCGUCGAGCUGCAGUUGGCUGACAUUCUACUACCGCUGGUGUUCAAGGAUUACAAGACCAGCCUGGAGUUCGAGGUGGCACGACAAGAGCAUGAACACAAGCAACCCCUCAAGACCUAUGUUAGCACCAAGCUUUUCGAUGCUCUCUACGAAAGGCAUGCGCAAGCAGUGGAUCCAGACCGGGCGGCGGCAUUGGAUCUGCCAGAACGAUUUCAAUCGCGCUUACGAAAGUACCAGGAGCGAACGGUCCUCUGGAUGCUGGGUCGGGAGCAGCGGCUUACGGAGCUGUCAGCCAAGUACACGAUUCUGCACGCUGUCGAUGGGCGGAGUCGGGUCUUCAAGCACAACUACUGCAUGCAUUUUUACCCGUACGAGGAGGAGCUGCCAAAGGUUUUCCUUCCACCUGGCGGCAUUCUGGCUGACGAAAUGGGUCUGGGCAAGACAGUGGAAUUUCUGGCCAUGUUGCUACUAAAUCCCCGACCCACGGACGCCUACAGAAACGAGUACUGGCUCAAGCUCCUGGACGACAUAGGCGAUGAGCUGCCGCUGAAACGGAAGCGGAAAGAGAGCAAGGAGGAUUUCUGCAUCUGCAUCAGGAAGGGCGGUGCACGGAUACAAUGCAGCAGAUGUCGCCGCUGGCAGCACAUAAAGUGCAUGGGCAACCAAGAUGCCACCGACCGCACUCAUCUGUGUCCCGACUGUUGGUCUGAGCUGGCAAAGUCCAGCGAAGGCCUGGUGGAAACUGGAGCCACCUUUAUAGUCUCACCUUGCGCCAUCAAGAUGCAGUGGUUUCACGAAAUGAAGAAGCACAUCUCGCCGGGCCUAAAGGUGCUGUUAUAUCGGGGAUUGCAUGCAGGCAGCUGGGUGAAUCCCCUGGAACUGGCCCAGUACGAUGUUGUGCUCACCGAUUAUGGUAUACUCCGCAACGAGAUCCAUCACACGGCGGACAACAAGUCCGACCGCCAGAUGCGGCACCAGCAGCUGUACAUGCGGCCCAGCUGCCCGCUCCUGAUGGUCAACUGGUGGCGCGUUUGCCUAGAUGAAGCGCAGAUGGUGGAGAGCAACACCUCGCAGGCUGCGGAGAUGGUUAGGAUGCUGCCAGCUAUCAACCGCUGGGCGGUGACCGGCACCAUCGAUGAUCUAAAGCCCCUGCUGGAGUUUGUGGGUCGAACGGAAGUCUGUCGACCGCCGGAGGCCUGGCAGACCAUAGACAAGGCCUUUCAGCUGAACUUUAAGGUUGAUCCCCUGUUGGAGGUGCUAGAGCACAGCCUGUGGCGCACCUGCAAGUCCAAAGUAGAGCACGAACUGGGUAUUCCCCCGCAGACUCAAGUUGUGCAUCGACUGGAACUGAGCAACGUGGAGUCCUUGUACUAUAGGGAGGAGCACCUGAAGUGCCACGAACAGUUCCUGACCGCCGUGGCAAAGCAUACGCGUCAUAACGCAGACAAUAGCUCCUGCUUGGCGACCAUAUCGCCUCAGUUGCUGCGUCUUAUCCUCAAGCCCUUUCUGCGCAUCCGCCAGACCUGUUCCGUGCCCGUGGUACUCAAUAGCAAUGUGGCCAGCAAUUGCUACCUGAAUCCCCAGGAGCUGCUGGCGAGGUUAAAGUCCAACAACGAAACCGAAUGCAAGACGGAGCUGCGCAGCUGGGCCUCCUCCUACAACGGCCUGGCUUCAAUUCACUUUAUACGCGAGGACUUUGCCCAGGCCAUCAGGUACUACAAGCUCCUGUUAAAGCUGGCAGAGGACUACAACGAGGAGAAUAUAUCAGUGGACAGCGUACUCCAAAUCCAUGCCAUUUUCAAUCUCAUCCAGGCCAGUGAGCUUGCCGCCCCUCCCAACCAGCUGUCUGAGCCGGAGAAGCUCAACUAUCUGGCGCAAAUGAAGCGCCUGGAGUGGAAGUAUCUGGAGGACAAUACAGCCGUCCUCGAGGCGGCACUCACUGCCUACAAAGCGAAGCUUUUGGAGCUCCACCAACUCGAAGAUGAGUUUCAGGGCAACUGCGUCGAACUACUGGCCACGGUGGUGCACCACCAACCCUCAUUGCACAAUGCCAUGUGGAACAAGGUGCUGGAAGAGUUCUUCCGCCAGAACAUAGCCUCGGACAAGAUUAGGGAUGUCGACACCAUGGCAGGCAUGGUUUAUUUUGUGGAUGUUUGGUACCAAAAACUGCACAAACUGAAGAAGUCAUUGCUCUUGGAGUUCGAGUACCUUAAACAGGUAAUGCAGUCGGCUUGGGGUUCCGUAAAAGCAGGCGAUGGCCUAUCGCAAGAGAUAAUUAACUUUAUAGGCAGCGUCACCGAUUGCCACUUGGCGGAUAUACUGGAAGACAAGCCCACUGAUAAACCAGAAAAGCCCAGGAAGCGACGUCAUUGUCGCCUGUGCAAGAUCCGGGAAUCCUUGAACCAAUUUGAGUGCCUGCUCUUUGCCAAGGAGCUCGAAGAAGAGGCCCUGGCUGCUGAGGGUCUGGAGAAGCCCAGCCUCGAGAUUUGUUUAAUAAAAACCAUCUUCGCCUUUGUGCGCACCAAGCCGGACUUUAGCGAAUGGCAACUGGAGUGCCAAAAUAAGCUCGAUACUCUCUCUUGCCUGCAGAGCCUGGUUAAGUGCCAGAUCAAGUACUGGAUCGAAGUAGAGUAUAUGGUGAAAGCCUUCGAUGAGCUCGAGAUGUGCCGAAUGCGGAUCCUGCUCACCGACGAUCCCGAGAAGCAGUCCAACUACCGAAUACUCCGUUGCCAGUUGGAGGAGCAGCAGCAGUUUAAUCUGUCCAACCUGAACGAGGCGCAGCUCAACUUUACGCGGCUCUGCGGCAGGCUGAAGUACCUAAAGCAUCUGAAGGAGGAUGCCACCGAUAAGCCAUGUCCCAUCUGCCAGACGCAGGACGAUGUGAGGUACGUGAUGAUGGUUUGUGGCCACUUCGUAUGCCAGCACUGCCUAGAUACCAUGCGAAGGAGAUCUGACAGGGGUGGCGUGACCAAGUGUCCUCUUUGUCGCCAAGACUCGCCACAAUUGUAUUACUCAGUGCGUCCUGGAGCCCACAAGUCCAUAGUUGGUGACUUUUCAACAAAGAUUGCGAAUAUUGUGGAACUUGUACUUAAGAUCCGGGAAGCUAAUGAAACGGAAAAGGUCCUAAUCUUCUCGCAAUGGCAGGCAAUACUCAUGCAAAUAGCCAGGGCUUUGCAUCUCAAUGGCAUUGAAUUUCGGAGCAAGUGCAGCAAUCAGGAAUUUGCUGAUUUCAAGAAUCCUCAAAGAAAGAUCACCUGCCUGCUGAUGCCCAUUUCCAAGGGCUCUAAGGGUCUUAAUCUAAUCGAAGCCACACAUGUGUUCCUGGUGGAACCUAUACUUAAUCCAGGCGACGAACGCCAGGCCAUAGGACGCAUACAUCGCUUUGGCCAGACGAAACCCACAAAGGUACAUCGCUUUAUAGUUAAUGGCACCAUCGAGGAGAACAUACUCUCGCUUAUAACUUCAGCCGACGACAACGAGACCCUGUCCACGCACUGGGACUUGGAGAAUAUGACUCUGGACAGCCUCAAGAAGCUAUUCAUACUUAAGGAUAAGGAGUAGGAAAGAUGAAUUUAGAUACCCUGACAAAGGGUAUAACACAUUCCCCACAUCUUAAUUAUUUUUACCAGGUAUCCAAAAGGUAUGGGGCGAUCUGGACCCAAAUGGGUCGAGUAUAUGCUAGGUAAGACUAAGCAUUCUUAAAGAAGACUAACAAACUUGUUUAAAUCUAAACUGACUCACGCAACCUUCAAUGGGUUUCACAGUACAGAAUCAAUGUAUUGUUUUUUUCUUCCUGAUCAAUGGACAGUAUUUCUAGAAUUCUAGAAUUAAUCUAAUUUCAUUAUACCUUUAAGCUUACAUCUAAGUUAAUUCCAUCUUAUACACACUGUAAAUAUAAAGUAUUGCUUUUCA